GGCGGGGGUCGGUGAGGAGGGUGCGAACACUAAAUACGUUCCCUUUAAAUCAGAGGGACAGUGGGGGCCAGAAGAUAAAAAAAAGAGGAGAAGAAAGAAAAGAGGGGGAGGGAAAAUCUGAAAAAAAGAGAAAGAUGACAUCCCCCCUCCGAGGCGGAGCCACGGACUGCAGCCGAAACGGAGCGUGUUAGAGCGGGGACGAGAUCUACGAAACACCGAGGCUUUGCAGCGACGCCGCGGCCUCAGUGGACCUGCUGAGCUGCAGAUGGUGAUCAGCGCCGCAAAAUUCCUUUCUGCACUGCCUUUAGUUUGCAUGCUCCAGAUACUCCUGUAGACAUAAGCAACAGUAUUUCAAGUUCACAUGAAAGCUACAGAAUGGAACCCGCGUCGCACUUCCACAACCAGAACGUCAGCUUCACGGGAACCGAUCAUAUUUUAUUCACUCAUUGCUUCAUUCACAGAACCAGUGAGGUGCAGAGAGACGUUGGAUUCAAAUUGACAGCGUCUUUCUCUGGUUUCAACCGCCGAUCCGGAACCGAGCUGGACGCCUGAGAACCAUCCGAAGUCCAGCAUGGACACGUCCUGGAGCAACUUCCUCUUCCAGACUACAACUCCGGGCCAGCAGGAGGCGCCACUGCAGGCGGUGCUGCUCCCAGAACUCAGCGACACAACCCAAAACACGGAGGCAGAACAGCUGGUGACGCCGCCCUCAACUGUGGACACCGCUGCUCUGAGCGAGGAGCCACUACCUGACAAACCAAAGCCUGCACGUCCCACCCACAUAUGUGCCACCUGCAACAAGGAGUUCAAGAACAGCUACAACCUGCGGCGCCACCAGUCAGUCCACACCGGCAUCAGGAUGAAGGACCGCGUUUCUCGGGAGAAGGAAGAGGGUAUCAAGGUGGAGAAGCAGAUGGUACCCCUGUCCCUCCUUCAGCUCACCCUCCCCCCGCAAACGGCGCCUCCACCCAAUGGACAGGAUGGCCUCCCCCAGUCUGGUCAGCUGACAGGUCAUGACCAAGUCAUAUCCGUGUCCAUCACCCCAGCGACAGUCACCAUGGCUGCACCAGCUCAGCCCCUGCAGGCGGCAGUGGUGGUGGUGGGCUCGCUGGAGCAGACCCCGGCCCCGGCUGCCAACCCGGCGGCCCCUCCGGUACGGAAGAACCACGCGUGCGAGGCCUGCGGGAAAGCCUUCCGAGACGUUUACCACCUGAACCGGCACCGACUGUCCCACUCGGACGAGAAGCCGUACUCGUGUCCCGUCUGCCAGCAGCGCUUCAAGAGGAAAGACCGCAUGAGCUAUCAUGUGCGCUCACACCAGGGAGGUGUGGAGAAGCCGUAUGUGUGUCCGCACUGCGCCAAAGCCUUCUCACGCCCGGAUCAUCUCAACAGCCACGUCCGGCAGGUCCACUCCACAGAGCGGCCCUUCAAGUGCACGACGUGCACGUCAGCGUUCGCCACGCGGGACCGCCUUCGCGCACACCUGAUCCGUCAUGAGGAGAAGGUUCCGUGUCACAUCUGUGGGAAGCUGCUGUCGGCUGCUUACAUCACUGAUCACAUGAGAGUCCACAACCAAUCACAGCAUCACGCCUGCCACCUGUGCAACCGCAGCUUCACCACGCUCACCUACCUGCGGGUCCACGCUCAGAAACACCACGGUCAGGAGUGGAAGGAGAGUGGGGGGGCACGGGGAGCUUUUGGGGGGGCCGGCGGGGUGCUGCUCUGCCAGCUGUGUGGGGUCCAGUGUAAAACCGCCACUCAGCUCCAGGGUCACAUGGGCACACAUGCCAACCAGGGGGAUGUCGACACAAGCAUGGCGGGUACGGUGGCGCGACCCAGCGAGGUGGUGAGUGUGACCAGUGCCACCACCGUAGAACUACUGGUCACAGACUGCUCCAGCAUCGCAGCCCCACCACACAGCUAGCAAGCUCAAGAGGUCAAAGGUUAUCAGUGACACAUGGCGACUAACAGCAGCCGGACAAGACUUCUACACACAAACCACCCACACCUGAAGACAUGGAGGAAACUGGACUCAGCCGCACCUCAGAACCUGGUUCUUCUGCACAACAGGUCUGCUCUGGCGUGAAAGUAUAUCGACCCAAUUCAAUCAAUGCAGUUCUGAUCAGCCUUUUUUUAUCAGUUUCGCCAUUUUGAUUCCUAACAUCCGCACACACACACACGACACACAAGCACUUCAGGGCUGCAGACGUCGGUACAAGUUUGACUGGCUGUUUCAGGUCUGGACUUCUACUAGCAGCCUGAUGAACUCUCCUGCUGAAAGAUGAAUGUGAAGGACUCUUCUUCUGUUGCUCUUGUUUCUGGUUCUGGUCCAAUGCUCCAGAUCCAUAUCAUUUGUAGUUUCCAUGGUGAAGCGCGUCUGUGGCCAUAGAUGUUUAAUAAAGAGUCAAACACCCAAGUCCAGUCCAAUGUGUGAUUCUGUGUGACGGACUAGACUGAGAAGAUGGAUGGAAGUCCAUUUUAGGUAGAGUUUGAAAGUGUGCGCCAGGUGAAGGAAGC